CUUCCCAUAUGUUUCCGGGUCACACUCCCGCUUCAGCUUGAAUUGAAGUCGGUUCAGUUUCACUCUCAGCUCGCCUUUUCAGUGAGCCUAAAUGUUGCAAUUUGUUGCCCAACUGGAACCUGAGGGAAGACAGAUGACUUGAAAUCCCCGCUAAAGUCAUUGACUGAAUGCAUAAAUACAUAAAAACAUGCAUUAUAUUCUAGAAAUGUGAAGCUGGAUUUUUAGAUCUGCACAGUCUUCUAAAGUAACAUCUAAGGCUGUUCACCAUCACAAUGAGACUGGUAAUUCUUGAUGACUAUGAUUUGGCAAGUGAAUGGGCAGCAAAGUACAUCUGUAAUUGUAUUAUCCAAUUCAAACCAAGUCAGGGAAGAUAUUUUACGCUUGGCUUACCAACAGGGAGCACACCUUUAGGAUGCUACAAAAAACUGAUAGAAUAUCACAAGAAUGGAGACCUUUCUUUUAAAUAUGUAAAAACUUUCAAUAUGGAUGAAUAUGUAGGGCUUCCAAGAAAUCAUCCAGAGAGUUACCAUUCUUAUAUGUGGAAUAAUUUCUUUAAGCAUAUUGACAUAGAUCCUAAUAAUGCUCACAUCCUUGAUGGGAAUGCUCCAGACCUACAGGCAGAGUGUGAUGCAUUUGAAAAAAAAAUUGAAGAAGCUGGGGGAAUUGAUCUGUUUGUCGGAGGCAUUGGUCCUGAUGGCCACAUUGCUUUCAAUGAACCAGGAUCAAGUUUGGCUUCAAGAACAAGGUUAAAGACUUUAGCAAUGGAUACCAUUUUGGCAAAUGCUAAAUACUUUGAUGGAGACUUAUCUAAAGUGCCAACUAUGGCACUAACUGUUGGUGUCGGAACAGUGAUGGAUGCUAGAGAAGUUAUGAUUCUCAUAACAGGUGCCCAUAAAGCUUUUGCUUUGUACAAGGCAAUUGAAGAAGGGGUCAAUCAUAUGUGGACAGUUUCUGCUUUCCAGCAGCACCCCCGCACUAUCUUUGUAUGUGAUGAAGAUGCUACUUUAGAACUAAGAGUUAAAACUGUGAAAUACUUCAAAGGUUUAAUGCAUGUUCACAAUAAACUUGUGGACCCGCUGUACAGUAUGAAAGAAGAAAACUGAAGGAGGAAUUGAGGAACUCCAUGUGGGUAAACAGCAACGUUUUUAGGUAGCAGUCAAAGUUACUGCUAUGCAAUAUGCUGAAACCGGUUAAAAUCGGAAAUCUUAAGUACUGUAUUUUUUAAAAAAUCCAGUAUCUAUACAUUUACAUUCCAUCUCUAUAUAUUGUUGUAUUGUGUAUUUUGUUUUAAUAUUUUGUAGAUGUGACUCAUUGGCUGCCACAGUAAGUAAACAAGAACAGAGCAAAUGUAAAUGGCAGUUACAUACUAUGAGAAAUAACAAACAGAAGUGUAUUCUUAGCACAGCAAUGUACUGUUUGACUGUGUAUGAGAAAAUUAUACUUUAGCUUAAGCAAAAUUCCAUGGCUCCACCAGUGCAAAAUACACUUCUCAUUUUUUUGUCUCCAUAUAGGCAAAAUGCUUUGGGGCUUUCACAUGUCAAACAUUACGGACUUGAACAGAUGCACAACUUUGGUUAUGAAAUGCUCUGUUUAUAUCUAAUACACUUUGCACUUUGGCUGCCUUAAAUUAAUCUUAUGCCAAUAGCUUCUGGCCGUUUAAGUCCUACUGUACAAUACUCAGGCAAAUAAAAGUAUGAAAACUGCCUAAAAAUGUAGAGGACCCUUUCAAACAGUAACAAUAACUUAUUCUUCAAUUAUGUGCACAUUAUACUUCCGCCAUAGCACUUUUGUUACGUUUCAAGUUUAUUUAGGAAUUUUAUAUUUUGGUAAUUAUGAACUCUCUAGAUAAUGAAUACAUUCAAUGUGUUCCUUUUUGGAGAUGAAUAGCCUAGUUACAUUAAUGACUGUGAGCCAAUAAUUGUAAAGGCAGGUUAAUUGCAGUAAGAAUGGCUAAAAAUCCAAAUGGCUAGUAUUGAAACAAGUCUGACUGUAAACAGAACUACUUUACAGUACAAUAAUUACUUUGCAUCUGAGAUUGCUAUAAACCAACUGUUACUAAGAAUACCACUCUUUUCUACUGUUACUCCAAGUAAAGCUUAAAUUUACAAAAACCUUA